UGCUAGAAACGGAGGAGGGUUGAGAAACCUUCCUGCCCUGUCCGCCGGGGAGGGGCGGGAGGAGGGGUGCGGACAACGGGAAGCUGGGGUUCUCGGUGGGAAAGUGAGGCGCCCAGGGUUUGCUGCGCGUCCUUACAACCCCGCGUGGCGCGCGCGCGGACGCCCUCCGCCCCGGGCCCGGCUCUCCCGCCCGUGGGCCCACCGCGUGCGGGGCGGCGGGACGCGGCGCCGGCCGGUCGGUCCGCCCGCCGGCCGGCCGUCCCCGGGCGCGCACGCGCAGUGGCUCACCGGCCACGCCGCGGCUGUUGUGGGUCGGUGGGCGGGGCGGCUGGCUGCCAGAGCGAGGCGUCGCCGCACCGAGAGCCGGCGCGGGGCGCUCUCAGCCUUCCUCGGCGCCGGGAGGCAGCGGCGGCGGCCGAGCGUGCGAGAGCGGCCGGCGUGUUUUCUCCGAGUCGCUGUCGUCCAGACUCCGGCCGGCGGUCGGCAUGGCCCGUGGAAAUCAAAGAGAACUUGCCCGCCAGAAAAAUAUGAAAAAAACCCAGGAAAUUAGCAAAGGAAAAAGAAAAGAGGAUAGCUUGACUACCUCUCAGAGAAAGCAGAGAGACUCUGAGAUCAUGCAGCAAAAGCAGAAGAUAGCCAAUGAGAAGAAAUCUAUGCAGACAAGAGAAAAAUGAUGACUGGCUUUGUGGAAAAUGUGGGUGCUAUUGCCAGUGGGUGCAUCAUAAUCUCUAAGAUCAAAAUUUCUCAGAGUUACUAAUCGUUACAUGUGUCAUAACUUAUCCUUAUAAAACUAUUUUAAACUUUACUUUUCAGCCUUACUUAAUAUGAUGUUUUAAGACCAUUCUUCAAAGAAUAAAGUACUGACCAUGCAUGUAA